AAAUUCAAAAUGGCACACACGGUGGUCAGAAUUGUUCACUGAAUUUCGAUUGGUUUGUCAUUCCCAUCCGUGUAUCCAGAUAGAAGACUUUCUAAUAAUCAUUGCAAUAGUUAUCUUACCUAGCCUGAAGUAUCAUUAACCACUCGUAAGUCAAGUAACAAACGCUGUUGUUGCCUUUUUUGGUGCACAACCUGUGAGACUCUGUGUACACGACACGACGUAAUUCUCAUCCAAGGCGGUGUGUUGGGUUCGUUUCAAAGCAUUUGCUGAAUUUUUACUUCAUUGUGGGUUAAUUCUAUGAUGGUUCGAGUUGCCUUCGUUCAUCCAGACCUGGGAAUCGGUGGUGCUGAACGUCUAGUGGUGGAUGCUGGCUUAGCUCUGAAAUCCCGUGGUCACGAAGUUCAUUUUUUCACAUCUCACCAUGAUAAGUCUCACUGCUUCGAGGAGACUAAGAACGGUUCACUUCAAGUCACUGCAGUUGGAGACUGGCUCCCUAGACACUGCUUUGGAUAUUUUUACGCUUUCUGGGCGUAUGUAAGAAUGAUUUAUGUCUCUAUUUAUCUGGUGUUCUUCUCAUCAUGGCGGAUGGAUGUUGUGUUUUGUGAUCAGGUGUCUGUCUGUAUCCCCUUUCUAAAGCUCAGCAAAGCACGGAUCGUGUUUUAUUGUCAUUUUCCUGAUUUGCUCCUAACUCAACGAAAAAGCUUCCUUAAAAAGCUCUAUCGUGCUCCAUUAGACUGGUUGGAGGAACUCACAACUGGCAUGGCAGAUAGUGUUCUUGUAAACAGCAAUUUUACUGCUGAAACAUUUUUGUCAACAUUUACAAGUCUGUGCAGUAACCGUCCACGUGUCUUGUAUCCUUCAUUGAAUUUUUCUUCAUUUGAUAAACCAGUUGUAAAGGAGGAAAUUGAAGACCUCAUACCACCUACUGCCAAGUGUGUUUUCUUGUCUAUAAAUCGGUAUGAAAGAAAGAAAAAUUUGAACCUUGCCUUGGAGGCAUUAGAUUGGCUCAGGAAUAUUAUCAGUGACAAGGAAUGGAAGGAUGUUCAUCUAGUUAUGGCAGGAGGAUAUGAUGACAGAGUAACAGAAAACAAAGAGCACCAUUUGGAACUUUGCAAACUUGCUGAACAAUACAACCUGAACAGUAAAGUCACAUUUGUGAGAUCAUUCAGUGAUGCUCAAAAGCUAAGUCUUCUUAAUCAAUGUUCUUGCUUAAUCUAUACUCCAAGUCAUGAACACUUUGGGAUUGUUCCAAUUGAGGCCAUGUAUAUGAAGCGUCCAGUAAUCGCAGUUAACAGUGGAGGGCCGUUGGAAACUGUUCAAAAUGGCGUGACUGGAUUUUUAUGCAAUCCUGAUGCCGAAUCAUUUGCUUUAGCAAUGAAGGAGUUUUUGAAGAAUCCCUCACUUAGUUCAACAAUGGGUGAAGCUGGCAAAGAGAAUGUGAUCAAGAAGUUCUCUUUUGAUGUAUUUGCUCAACAUCUUCACAGUAUUGUAACAGAUGGAGCCCAGACAGGGAGGGUGUGGUCGACAGCUUUGACAUGUUUUCUCAUGGUUGUAGUGUUCUGUGUGGCCUGUGUGUGGGUUGUCAAUUUCCAUAACGGUCACUGACAAGAAGUUCAUUACAUAAGAUAAAGUAUUAUUAAUCCACGGUAAAAAGUCACUGAUGAGAAGGUUGUUACUUUUCAACAUACAUGUAAAGCAUAUUUAAUGUGCUAUAAAAUCAGUUAAAUAAUUAUGUAAUGAUUUAAGUAGGUGACAAGUGAAUCAUUGAAGAAAAUACCUUUGCAAGCUUAUCCAGGCUGUGUUGAGAAUGACUAUAUUCAGAUUGAGGGCAUCUUAGAGGUUCGCCAUGACUGUGUUUUGCCUCUAUAGGUGUUCAUAGAGGCAAAAUUGCAAAUAAAAAAAUAAAUUUUUGCAAAUAAAAGAUGUAUCAUGCUACAAGCUGGAACUGUUUCAGAUGCUAUAGUUAAAUGAAAAAGGUUUGGUCACUGAAUUUGCAGCCUUCUUUAUUUUAUUCAAGUAAGCACUGUGGGUGCUUGUGAAAUCAAAUCAUCACCAUUUUCAGCAAGUAGUAAGUUGAUUUUGUGACAAAACAUGAAUUUAGAGAUUGUAAGGCGGUAGGGUACUUAUUUUAGGUGGGGUGCUUUUAAACUUUUCUUAUGCUACAGGGUGAGUGCUCUUUCAAGGUUGGGUGUUUAAUCAAAUGAAAAUUCUGUGUCACUAUAUUUGGUGACCUAUCAGAGUGCAGUAUAUAGAGUUGGAAUUCUUUACUUAGAAUUGAAUGGGAGACCUUUGGAUUUCAGUGUUAUUCAGAUUAUUAAACAGUGUUAGAAAAAAUUAUAGUGGGUAAGUUUCUAAAGAAACUGUGGUGCUGUGUUGGUGAGGGUUGAGACAAAAAAAGUUGGUGUUAUCAACUGAAUUGAUAAUGGUAAUUAGUCAUUAUAAAGAGUUUCUUAAGCUCAAAAGAAGGGUUAGAAACUGUUUACAAGGGCUAAUUUGCAUUAUCAAUUCAGGUGAAAAACAAAAACAAAUUAGCUUCAAAAACAAUAAUUUUAUUAUGCUUUAGCUUUAUAUAUCACCACAGGGUAUCUUUGUUAUCUUCUGUUUGCUGAUCUUUAAGCAAUAACUUAUAUGUAGGAGUCUUUGCCAGAAUAAAAAAA